AUGGCCGACGACGUGCUCAUACGUGGUCAUACGUAUCACAUACAUGGCCCGGUGGGGGUAGACCCUGAAGGCGGCGCUUUCAUCAAGCACAGUUACAUCACCCAAAGUUUGGUGGCAACCGUGCCACCUCAACAUGCCGACCUAGCUGCGAAAGCCUGGAUCUGUUCAACCGGCAAGGUUAUCAGAGUCGCUUGGGACAAUGUUAAUGAAGAUGGUGAAUGGCACCUGACUGUUAAAGCGGAACAUCAUACCUUUGAACCGGAUGAGAGACGAGAAUUACAUUUUGCGAUCACAUAUCGCUUUGGUCAUUUUUCUCCUGAGCUUUCUGAGAUGGAGGACAUUGAAGUCAACACGUUGAUGACUUUUGAAGGGCUGGUGACUUCUCAAGACCAGCAGACUGAUGAACUCGUUGUUCAACCAUGGUUUCGUCGUGGUUCCCUAGAUGCCAGGAAUCCAAAGCUGCAAGAACGUUGUAAAUAA